AUGUCCACAACGACAAUGACCACCACCGUCCUGGGCACCUCAAAUGUGCGAGGAGGUCCGUCUCGCCUCACCCGCACCAACCCAGCACGAGCCUCCAAGGGACUCGGAUCCGCCAGCCUGCGCCAGAACUCGCUCGUCUCCAACAGCGGCCUUCCUCUAGCCCUCUCAUCGAAUGGCAUCGCCUCGCAGAGCCUGACAAACAACGAGCCCGUGGGCAUGUACCCGGCCAUCACUCACUUCUCCGAUGCGAUUGCCGCCCUGCCUCGCGAAUACCGCCGACACACUUCUCUGUUGAAAGAGGUGGACGCCAAAGCGUGGGGUCCCGAGGAGAAUCUACAACUUGCCCUCGAUCAGUGCCUCGCCGAUAGCGCAACUACGACGCGAGAUCUCGCCGGUGCAGCUCAGAGUCUAAACAGCUCGACUACCGCGGAUGAUUCCAUAAACAAUAGUGAGGCGAAUAGUGUCGCCGGCGCCUCGUUCGACAAUGCCUCCCUCGCCUCUGCCCACUUCUCCGAUCCCGCCGUUGUCCAGCGCAGGCGGAAAUACCACGCUCUGAGGCAAAGUCUCAUGGCCGUCAUGGUGACCAUGGAUGAAAAAAAUCAUGUCAUCAACAAUGCAAGCGAGGAGAUGGGCAGGCAGAUCCGGAGACUCGACCGCAUCUGGCCACACAUCGCCGAGGAGAUCUCAGAAGAAGCAAGGUUGGGCAGUCUGAAGCAUUGGGCCUAUACAGAGACAAACCCUACUAAAAAGGUGCCGCCCCCACCUACCCGCAGAGACGCCGCCGCCGGGGCAGUUGCGCCCACCCUACAUGAGAGCGAAGUGGCACAUAGGAGUCAUGAUAGAAGGGAGGCUGUCAGGAGACAACGAGCAGCUGCCCACCACGUGGAUUCCGACUUGGACGAUUCGAGACUUCCGGUACGGAAGACAACCACGAACGGCAAGAAGCGCGCAGCCGAGGCUGCCCCCGAUCCCGCUGGUCUCGGCAUCUCUGGUGCUGGUGCUGGCAUCACCACAGCAAAGAGGAAGAAACCAGAGAAGCCUGCCGUUGGAAGUGCGGCUAUGGAGCGCUCCAUCAGCAGUGCUCUCGGGGGUCGGCCAAUGUCUAGAGAAAGUUCGCAGCAGGACAACUCAAAGAAGAGAAAAGUUUCGGCGACUGCUAUGUCAGUGGCCAGGAAACGAAUCAACGCGGCCACUCAAGACUCGCCGAAGCUUACGUCGUCCCCACUUGCAGGGACUGCUGGAAAAGAACCUUACAAGAGAAGCCCAGCCCUUUCCACCGUCCGGCCAGCCUUGUCCCGAGGACGUCAAAAUUCCACGAACACGGUCGAGAGCGUAAAAGGAGGCCGACCGUCGUCCCUGGCAUCCAAUAGAAAUGGCAAUAGCAACAACUUGACAGUAAGCAAUACGGAAGUGACCAAUGUCGGCGCAGCACCAAGCAGGGCUGCGAGUGAGGUCAAGAGCAACACGAGAGAGGCGAAAGCCGACAAGGCUGUUCCGGUCGUCGAUGACGAGCCAUCAACCGUCAAUGGUGCCAAGGUUGACCAUGAACUGAAAGGGGCCCCACCCGUGGAAAGAUCGUACAGCAGGCAAGGGACAGCCAAAGUCGAGCCUCGGGAGGAAGUUUCGGCAAAGGCGGUUGCGUCGCCGCGUCUGCCGGCCUUACAGACCAGCGAGCUCAAGACCGAGCGUACUGCGAGGGGUAGAGCCUCGAAAACGUCCACGCCCGUCGUCGCCACGUUUGCCGAUGCUGAAGCCGCCGAGACCGCGUCGGCGAACGGCAGUGUAAGCGCAUCCACGAAGCCCAAGCGACCGCCCCGAAGUCGGGUCAAGGACCAUGGCCUCCAUGAUUCCCUGUCACCAAAGGGCCUGCCGAUGAAACGACCGCACAAGAAGAGUGGUAGUCUAUCUUUUCCUUCCACAACGAGCAACGCGAGCACCACUCAACGAGUUCGAGACGAGGCAGAGCCACGAACCAAGUCGUCGACCCCUUCAGAGCGUGACGUCCUCGCGCCCGCCAACCACACAAUCAACGACCUCCAUGUUGAGAUGGCAGAUGACGAGGAAGGUGAAAAGGACGCACCAGAGGAAGACGAGGAGCGAUACUGUUACUGCCAAGGCGUCAGCUACGGGGAGAUGGUGGCGUGUGAUCGGGAUAUCUGUCCUCGGCAAUGGUUCCAUCUGGAUUGUAUCGGCUUGAAGAGUGUGCCGAAGAGCGCCAAGUGGUAUUGCAACGAGUGCAAAGAUGCCUUGGCCCAAGGGGAGAGGAUGACAACUGGGAAUGGUAAGGGGAAGAAUGGUAAUGGUAGCGGUAAUGGUAACGGGAAUGGGAGUGGGAGUGGGAGUGGGAAUGGCCAUGGAACUGGGAAUGGGAAGUAG